AGAUUAAAAAAUAAUAAUUAUAAAAAAAAAAAAAAAAAAAAAAAAAAAAAAAAAAGUAGUAGAGAAGAGACAGAGUAGAGACACACAUUGCCAAAACAAAAACAUUUCUCCAUAAAUUUCCCCGAAACCUUAACCAACACUCAAUCCUAUUCAUUAAUUUCCUCUCUUUUUCUUUCCUUUGAUUUUUUCUUUAUUUCUUUUUUUUUUUUCUCUUUUUUUGUUUGUUUUUUCAUCUCAAUCUCCGCCGUUGCCGCCGCCGCCAUGUCCCGGCCGACCACUCACACCCCUCUUGAUUCCUCCUUGGAAUUCUUAUCCAGAUCUUGGAGAGUUUCCCCGUCCACGUCCCACUUAUCCAAGAUUCCGACCACCACUCGUGCCGGUGGUGAUAUUGUUUUAGAAGAUUCCGGCAGCGACGCGGAGGGGUUUUUGGUGUUUAUGAAUCCAUUUUCAUUUACGUCUUCUGAAACUUCCCAAAUGGUUAUGGAUCGUAUUUUGUCACAUUCGCAAGACGUAUCUCCUCGGACUUCCGGUAGGUUGUCGCAUAGUAGCGGACCACUGAAUGCCGGGCACAGCGGCGGUGGUUCAUUGAGCGAUAGCCCUCCGUUUUCUCCCUCCGAAAUCGCCGAGCUCGACGCCAAGCUUUACCGCUCCAAUUAUUCUUUCAGUACCCAUUUGAGAGCCACAGUGAAUGGCACCUCCGGCGCUUCUGCAGCUCUCGGUGGCGGGAAGACCGUUGGCCGGUGGUUGAAGGAGCGUAAGGAGAGGAGGAAAGAGGAAAACAGAGUUCAGAAUGCUCAGCUUCAUGCUGCUGUUUCGGUUGCAGGGGUUGCCGCCGCCAUCGCCGCCAUCGCCUCUGCUUCUGUUUCUUCCACCGGUGUCAACGACGGCGAAGAGGUUCCCAAGACUGAUAUAGCUAUGGCCUCUGCCGCUACUUUGGUUGCCGCUCAAUGUGUGGAGGCCGCUGAGGCUAUGGGAGCUGAACAUGAUCACCUUGCUUCCGUUAUUAGCUCCGCCGUCAAUGUCAGGUCCGCCGGCGAUAUCAUGACCCUCACCGCCGCCGCCGCCACAGCAUUAAGAGGAGCGGCCACGUUGAAGUCUCGAGCGAUGAAGGAUUUGUGGAAUGCAGCGCCUGUUAUCCCGAUAGAAAAGGGGAUUGGAGGUUCGUCGAGUAUUGGCUACAAUAACGAUAACAACCAUGGUAAUUUUAAUAACAUCAUCAUGAAUCAAAAGUUUAGUGGGGAGCUUGGACCAGUUGGUGCUGCAUAUGAGUCAGACCUUCAAAUUCAACGUGGAGAUAAUUUCUUCAAUGUUUGCUAUAGAGGAUUGCUUGCCAAUGGGUGUGAGCUACUUAAACGUACCCGCAAUGGUGAUCUUCAUUGGAAACUUGUCUCUGUCUAUAUCAAUAGAAUGAAUCAGGUUGUGGUGAAGAUGAAGAGUAGACACGUGGCAGGGACCAUAACCAAAAAGAAAAAGAAUUUUGUGGUGGAUGUAGUGAAAGAUAUUCCAGCAUGGCCAGGGCGGCACUUGUUGGAGGGGGGUGAGGAUCGACGUUACUUCGGGCUGAAAACGCUGCUGCGAGGGGUGGUGGAAUUCGAGUGUAGAAACCAAAGAGAGUAUGAGAUGUGGACACAAGGAGUUUCUAAGCUCCUUCUUAUGGCAGCUGAAAGGCUUUGUAAGUUUUGAACUACACAAUCUUGGGUCUCUCUUUUUGCUUACCUUUAAAGUAAGACAAAGAGAGAUUCAAGUAAACAAUCUAUAUAUAAACAUAUAUAUAUAUAUCUGAGACAGAGAUGAGUAAAAAGAAAAAUGUGAAGAAGUUGUUUUGUUUGAAUUUAAUUAAUGGGGAAGACCAUUUGUGAAA